AUGAAGGAAAAUAAUAAAAAAAAUGACGAGAUUGACAACUCUCUUUUUACUGUUUCUCGUUAUAUUCCCGAUGGGGAAUUUAAUCAAGGUGAUUUUACAAAAGUGGUAGAAAAAAAAAAAAAAAAAAAAAAGGAAAAGAAAGAAAAAAAUGAUAAUGAAGAAAAUGCUAAUAAAAUUACUGAAAACGAUUCUACAAAUAUAAACAAUUUAGAUAUAAUUGAUGAACAAGCAUGGUUUAGCAAUUUAAUACAAAAGACGGAUCAACAAGAUCAUAGUGAAAAUACAUAUGACUCAGAAGAUGAUGAAAAUAUUAUUAUAAAUUCCGAUAAUAUUUUUAAAAAUAUAUAUCCUUUUUUUAAAACAGAGGAAGACCCUAAUUAUUUGACUGAGAAAAAAGAGUUGACGAAAUUCGUAAGGCAAAACCGGCCAAAGUGA